AUAUUUCGGAAUUUUAUCGCGUUUGUGUUAGUUUAACAACUAUAUAAGAGGUUAACUCAAACAAUUCGACAGUUGGCUGCAGUAGAGCCAGUCAGUCCAGUUUAUGGUAAAGGCACCGAGAAGUGGUGGAACUGAAAAGCUCUCGCACGUUUUUCGUCUUCGGAAGAAUAGAACAAUGACCACAAUUACUAAAAGCUUUUUUGAGCUUUCAGCCAAAACUCUGAAAGGAGAACAUAUUGACUUCAGUCGCUUCAUGGGUAAAGUUAUCCUGGUUGAAAAUGUAGCCUCACUAUGAGGCACGACGACACGGGAUUACAUGCAGAUGAACAAGCUGGUCUCUCAAUUUGCUGAUAAGCUUGUUGUUCUGGGAUUUCCAUGUAAUCAAUUCGGAUUUCAGGAAAAUGGAAAUGGCGAAGAAAUAUUGCUGUCCCUUCAAAAUGUCCGUCCAGGAAAUGGUUUCAAGCCCGAUUUUACAAUCAUGGAGAAAGUUGAAGUCAACGGAGAAAACACUCAUGCUGUGUUCCAGUUCUUGAAAAGCCAACUACCUUACCCAAGUGACGAUUCUACCAGUUUUAUGAAAAGCCCUUCCAGUAUUAACUGGGCUCCGGUGAAACGAAAUGACAUCUCUUGGAAUUUUGAGAAGUUUCUUGUAGCACCUGACGGUAAACCAUUUCUUCGAUACAGUAAAUCCUUCCAAACAAUAGAAAUCCAAAAAGAUAUAAAAUCCCUAAUUGAGAAGUUCUCUUAGGAUGGGGCCAAGGAUCUGGUCUUAAAAUGUUUUAGUGUAGCUUAGUUUAGUUUCAAACUAAAAUUCUUUAGUUUCAAUUCUCUGCCAUUUAUGUGGAAGGGUAAAAUAUAAUAUGACUUAUUCCAUAAAGACUGAUGUUAUGAAAUUUCUUCCUUUAAAACUGAAUUAAGUGAACAUGACAUGGUAACAAUAAAGUUAAAAACUUGUUAUCGUAGAUUUUUAUUCUCACUUUGAUAAAGUUUUUUUAGUAAAUCAUUUCGUAUAAAUCCUUCUUUUUGUAAUAAAGAUGCCUACUUCGUCAGCA